AUGGUGCUGCCUCCUUGCCACGUGUACUCCGCUCUGGUAAAGAACACUGCCCCCAUUGUGGUGAAGGUCAAGGCCACGUACGCCAUGCCUAAUAACAUGGCCGAUGUGGAGGUGGAGGUACCCAUUGGGCCCGGUGAGACGACGCCUCUGGAGCAGAAGACAGUGCAGGUCGACCAGAUGACGUUGACAGGACACAUUUGCCGUAUUUCCGUUGAAGGUGGGGCGUUGCUGGAAGCUCCUUUCAGUGGAGUGUCGUCUCCCGUAAAGGACUACGUGGUGGAGGUUCACUCCGACGGUGGUGCGCUGCGGCUGCAUGCAAUGGGCAAGAAGUUAACUUAG